UUGGUGUUAGUGUUGGGGGACCUUCACAUCCCUCACCGGUGCAGUGACCUGCCGGUGAAGUUCAAGAAGCUGCUGGUUCCAGGAAGGAUCCAGCACAUCUUGUGCACAGGAAACCUCUGCGCCAAGGAGAGCUAUGACUACCUCCGGAGCCUGGCUGGGGACAUCCACGUUGUUAGGGGGGACUCCGAGAGCCUCAAUUACCCAGAAGAGAAGGUUGUGACUGUUGGGCAGUUCAGAAUCGGGCUGAUUCACGGCCAUCAGGUUAUUCCCUGGGGCGAUGUGGCCAGUCUGGCACUGCUGCAGAGGCAGCUGGAUGUGGACAUUCUCAUCUCAGGACACACACACAGAUUUGAAGCAUUUGAACAUGAAAACAAGUUCUAUAUCAACCCUGGCUCAGCUACAGGAGCUUACAGUGCUCUGGAAAGGAACAUCAUCCCUUCGUUUGUGCUGAUGGAUAUUCAGGCUUCCACGGUUGUGACUUAUGUGUACCAGCUAAUUGAGGAUGAUGUGAAAGUAGAACGAAUUGAAUUCAAGAAGUACUGA